CCAGAGCGAGGUGCCCGAGCGUGUCUACCUGAACCAACCAUGGCUGUGAGGGACCUGGUGGUGGUGGUGGCAGCAGUGGUGACUCUGGUUGCUGCCGGCGGGGCAGAGCUGAAUGAAGAGAGUGGCCUGAGAAAGCCGGUGUGUGCAGACAUGGUUGACCUGCAGGCUUGCCCCCUCCUGUACUUGCCUAUCUGUGGAACUGAUGGGAAUACCUAUGCGAAUGAAUGCCAGCUCUGUGUGGAGCAAAAGAAAACCAGGCAAGACAUCCGGAUUCUGAAAGAUGGGGAGUGUCAAAAUACCUGAGCUUUCUGAUAGCUUUCCUGAACCUAGAAACAGGCAUCUGAGUAAGCAUAAGGGGUGCAUCAUAUGGUCAAGUGAGCUCCCUGAAGUCAGUGACCAUUCUGCAAGUCUGGGAGCUGUGCUAGUGUUGUGGCUCCUGUGCUUGAUCAGCUGGAAUUCAUCCCCUCACCCGGUUCUGCACUUU